GAAGAAUUUUAUCGUCCUCUUUCUACCAUUAAUAACGAUGUUUACGAUCAAGUCUUAGAUCCUCCCACUUAUAAUGAAUGGCUUCUCAUUAUCAAACAUCUACCCAAUGAAAAAGCUCCUGGUCCCUCUAACGUCUCCAAUGG